AUGUUCUCGUCAUUUGCUAUUCAACGUCUUAUUAUCACACAAAACAUUUACUUUUAUACUGCAGUCAUUAUUUUCGUUGUCGGUAUUAUUGGUAAUAUUCUGAACAUAUUUAUAUUUACUAAAGUGAAAAUUUUUCAAGGCAAUCGUUGUGCUUUUUACUUAAUUGUCGAAUCUAUUAUCAAUCUUUGUUUUUUAAUUCAAAUUUUUGUUCCUCAAAUUUAUCAAAGAAUAUACGGAAUUGAUCCAGGAAAUAUAUCUAUUUUCUAUUGUAAAAUAAGAACAACAUUGGGUCAAUCAUGUCGACUUCUUAUUGAUUUUAUAGUAUGUUUUGAAGCACUUGAUCAAUAUCUUACAACUCACUAUCACUUUUCUAUUCGAAAAAUAAGCACAUUAAAUCUUGCACAAUGUUUAAUAAUUGUAGCAACUACUUUAUGUAUUUCGCAAACUAUACCUUAUAUUAUUUUCUAUGACAUUGUUACACCAUUUGGUUGUAUAAUAACCAACAAAGGUUUAACAUAUUAUUAUUCUUAUGUUUAUUAUAUUUUUGUUCAUGGUUUUUUUCCAAUUUUAAUUUCAUCUUUAUUCAGUGUAUUGGCCUAUCGUAAUGUUCGUCAUCUAAUUCGACGACAAAUUCCGAUUGUACGUCGAAAACUCGAUCGUCAAUUAACAGCAAUGAUUUUUGUACGUGUCAUUUUCUUUAUUAUUCUCUUAUUACCAUACACAAUAUUUCGAAUAUAUAUACUUAAUCUCAACAUAUCUUUGGUAGAUACUGUUCAUUAUGCAAUUCUUCAAUUAACUUCAGCAAUCACUGUAUCAUUAAUGCUUGGAAAUCAUUCAGUUAACUUUUAUAUAUUUUUUGCUACAUCGUCAAGAUUUCGUCAUCAAGUUAAAUAUUUUUUUAUGAAAAUAUGUUGGCAAUCUUUGAAACGUUGGUAUAAUUCAAAUAUUAAUAGAGUUCAUCCUAUGAAUAUAUCUUCAACUGCAUCUAAUCAUGGAUCAGAAGAAUCUACAUCAGUUCCAAGUGAAAUAAAAUUUGAAAUUCCCUAUAUAUUUUCUAUUGAAUUUAUUUGGGAAACUCUUCAACAAGUACUUAGCGAUGUUUUAAGUGAAUAUGUUGAUUUUAAUAAUGUACUUGAUACAUUAUCAUCUAAUUCUACAUCAACAUCAAAUUCAACUGAUUAUACAGAUCGUCCAUCAUUAAUUGAUUUUUCACACUAUUUAACAAAAAAAGCUCCAACACGUUCACAGCAAAUUCCACGACUUUUUGAAUUUUCUCAAUCCGCACAAUUCAGUUCCAUGACAUUAUAUUUACAAGAAAAAAAUUGUUUUGCUAUGAAACAAGAAACAUCAACUACAAAACAACGUGCUACUAUAUAUAACCAAUAUGUAUGUAAACCAAAUUAUCGAAAUAUUACAGCUGUACAUGAUGUUCUUCAAAGAAUUAUUGAAGAUAUCGAUGCGAGUUUUACAUUACAUCCAACUAAACGUAUUCUUGACAGGUUAGAUAUGUUUAUAUUUGAUGAAAAAUAUGAAAGAUAA